AGAUCCUUCUGAUUUAACAUACGAACAAAAUAAAUUCUCUGUGCUUCCUCCAACUAACAAUCAGAAUGAUUUCUCUAUAUCUCCUUUAACAAAUAAUUUUCAUCAACAUUCCAAUGAAAUCAAUUUAGAUGAUAGCAUUUAUCAUCAUAAUCCAGAUCAAUAUUUAGAACAUGACAAUGUUAUCAUGCAACAAUUUCCACCACCACAUGCGCAACAACAACAAAAUACUGAAACAUUUCCAAAUCAUCAAAAUAUCAUUUCUGCUACUACUGCAAACGUUGGUGCUACAACUACCAUUGCUGACAAUAACAACAUGAACUCUUCAAUCUUGACCCCAUUAUUAAAUCCUCCUUCUUUUUAUUGUGAAAACAAUAAUAAUAUUACUUGGCUUUUGACUUGUCUUGAAAAACGUAUUAAUCAAAUUGAAGAAAAUUUGAUUGUACAUGAUGCUGAAGUUGUUGAUCGUAAUCUUGCUGUUAGAGUUGUUGUUGAAGUUGCUGAACGGGAUGUUGAAAUUGUCCAUCAUAAUAAUAAUUUCGUUGUUGUUGUUGGGAGUGUUGACCCUUUAAAGUUGGCAGUUGAUCAUCAAUGGGGUGGUGUUGACUCUGAGGAUAAACAAGAAUGGCUUAUUGGUGAAAUUGUAGAUUAUUUCGAAAAAAAUCAUAAAAAUGCCGAUAUUGAAGAUUUAGAAAUGAUUUUGACACAAGUUAUGAUGGAUGAAUUUGAUACUCUAUUAGAAGAUGAUUCGGCAUAUCAGGUAGAUGAAAAUAAAUAA